CUGUUGGAUUCUUCCUUCUUCUUCUCGGUCGCCGAUGGUUGGCGUGCGCCGGACGACGAGGGCGCCCAUGUGCAAGUCCAAGUCCUCCACCGCCGUCUCCGACCCAUCUUCUUCCAUGGCCCGCUCCGCCACCACAAACACCACCACAACCCGCCGCCGCACUUCCCCCACCGCCGUCACAAACCCUACCUCCUACUCGACCACCUCCGGCCACUCCACAACCUCCUCCUCCGCCGCCUCCUCUCUCCAGGCCCUCAAGGACUCGCUCCUCCCGGACCUCCCGCUCCUCCUGACCUUCCACGAGCUCGCCGCCGCCACGGCCUCCUUCUCCGCCGCCCACCGCCUCGUCCCCACAAGCUCCAACUCCUUCCGCUGCACGCUCCGCGGCCGCCCCUCCGCCGUCUUCCGCCGCGCGCUGCGGCGGGACCCAAGGGAGGUGGCCUCCCGCCUCGCCGCCCUCGGCCACUGCCACCACGCCGCCAUCGCCCGCCUCUACGGCUGCUCCGCCGACGACUCCUCCGGGGCCGGGGGCGGGGGCGGGGGGUCCCUCUUCCUCGCCUACGAGCUCGUCCCCUCCGCCGCGCCGCUCUCCGCGCUCCUCCGCCCCGGCAACCCGGCGGCGGGGUACACGCCGCUGGGGACGUGGCGGGCGCGGCUCCGCGUGGCCGCCGACGUCUGCGACGCCAUCAGCUACGUGCACGGCCAGGCGGGCACCGUCCACAACCGCCUCGCGGCCUCCUCCGUCCUCGUCGUCGCCGACGGGCCCACGGCCGUCCGCGCCAAGAUCGCCCACUUCGGCGCCGCCGACCUCGCCGGCGAGCUACCCCCGGAGGACGACGACGGCGUCACCACCAGGCACCGCUCACGGCGGAUCGAGGGCAAGCGCGGGUACAUGGCGCCGGAGCUGACGGCGGGGACGUCCCCGCCGACGCGCCGCUCCGACGUGUUCGCGGUCGGGGUGCUGCUGCUGGAGCUGGUCUCCGGGCAGGAGCCCGCGCGGUACGAGCUCAACGAGGCCACGGGGGAGUACGAGCGGACGUCGCUCAUCGAAACGGCGGAGGAGGCCAUGGGGGACCCGGGGACGAGGAUGCGGCGGUGGGUGGACCGGCGGCUUGGGGACUCGUUCCCCGUGGAGGCGGCGGAGGCGCUGGCGGGCGUCGCGCUCCGGUGCGUCGCCAGGGACCCCGCGGCGCGGCCGGAGAUGCCCUGGGUCGCCGCCAAGGUCUCCAAGCUCUUCCUCGAGGCGCAGGACUGGGCCGAUAAGUUCCUCGUCCCCACCGGCAUCUCCGUCUCCAUUGCUCCCCGGUGAUGAACAAGACGAAUCCAUUCAAGCUGGCUAGCUGCUGCGGCCGAUCGCCAUGGAUUGCUCGCUCGCUCGCCGUCGCCGGGCAGAUGAAUCGGAGAAGAAUCCGUGCAGUUGAUUUGUGCUUUGCCUAACUGACAACGGAUGAGUGUUAUUGCUAAUGUAAUUUGGACACGUGCGGUCGCACAGAUAGAUAAAAUCACUCUAGGCCUUGUCUCUUUGUUCUUGUUCCUACUGCUGAUGUGCACAGGAGUGCUACUGCUAGGAUAAACAGAUCCAGCUUUGGGUCGGCAAUGGAGAAAGUCUGAAAAUGAUUCAGACAUCGUUGACAAAACAUCAAUGGAUGUCCGGGCUCAUCCAUGAUUGUGCUGUUCCCAUGCUGAAACAGAGAUUUUUUUUUUUGAGAUGGCACGGCAUUGUAAUCGUACCAUUGUACAGUAUUUCUGGGUCUUUGGAAUCUCGGGGAUCAAAGAGCACCAAGAAUUCUUCUGUCUCUGUUGAAGAAAUUGUGGAUCUCGGUUCUCGGAUGUGAGUGGAAAACCGUUCCUGUUUCUCC